UCUGCAAAGUGCAAACUUUAUCAUAUCAUCGCCAUCAUCCUAGUCCUUGGCUUGGCCUCGAAAGAAUCAUAAUCUAAUCAGAAGUCUGCCUGAAUUUGGAAUCAUAAACCAGCGACAACCAACCAACCAACCAACAAUACCUUUCCCGUCGACCUUUUAAGGGAGGAACUGGAAAGCGGAAGGGCGGCGGCCGAAGCCUAUUCGGAAUAAGUUAAGACAUCCACGUGGACUCCUUCCCUGUUCCCCUUUCUUGUCCUCCUCUUCCAACCCGAUCCGCCCCGCUUUCGACCCUCUCUCUCUCUCUCUCUCUCUCUCUCUCUCUACGUCGUUGCCGUGAGCCUCCGAGAGAAAUAGCUUUGCCAUGGACGAGAAUUCUGCAGCUAUCGAGGCGUUUCUGAGAGAAGAAGGGAUCGCCAAUUUUAACGGCGAUGAUGAUCAGGGAUGGCAGACGGUGUCGUACCAGAAGCGCAGCAGGAGGCAUCCGGCCAAGGCGCCGGAGAUCGUCUCCGAUCCCCGGAGGGCGGGAUUUGACUCGACGACUGACGUCUUCCGUUCGAUCGAGCAGCAAUCCGAGGAGCGCCGCCGCCGGCUGGAAGCGCAGAGGGCGGCCGUGGAGGCCGCCGCGGAGAACUCUGCCGUCAAAUUGAGCAGCGAAGACGGCCUGGGUGGCAGUGAUGUCGACGCCGGCGAUGGAGUCGACAAUGGCGGUGCCGUGGUGAAGGCCGCCAAGCAGAAGAAGCCUAAGAAACCCAAGGUUACUGUUGCUGAGGCAGCUGCGAAGAUUGAUGAUUCUGAUCUCGCGGCUUUCCUCGCUGAUAUAACGGCUUCUUUUGAAUCGCAGCCGGAUAUACUGCUUAUGCGAUUCGCGGACUAUUUUGGUCGUGCGUUUGCUUCAGUGAGCGCGUCUCAAUUUCCAUGGUUGAAGACAUUCAUGGAGUCUUCUGUUGCAAAGAUUGUUGACAUCCCUCUUUCUCAUAUAUCUGAAGCAGUUUAUAGGACGUCAACUGACUGGCUUAGCUACCGCUCUUCUGAAGAACUUGCUUCUUUUGUAAGAUGGUCAUUGGACAGUAUACUUGCUGACCUAGCUAUCCAUCAAGGAGCUGCAAAGGGACUUAAAAAGAUGUCUCACCAGGCACCUUCAAAAUCUCAGAUCGCCAUAUUUGUGGUUUUAGCAAUGACAUUGCGACGGAAACCUGAUGUGUUGAUCAGUCUAAUGCCCGUCAUAAGGGACGAUACGAAAUAUCAAGGACAAGAUAAGCUUCCGGUCAUAGUGUGGAUAAUUGCUCAGGCUUCUCAAGGAGAUUUGGUUGUGGGGCUCUUCGUGUGGGUACAUUUCCUCUUACCUAUGCUAAACAGUAAAUCAAAUUGCAACCCUCAGUCGAGGGACCUGGUUCUGCAGUUGGUGGAGAGAAUUCUAUCUGCCCCAAAAGCUCGUCCUAUUCUACUAAAUGGUGCUGUUAGAAAAGGGGAGCGCGUGGUGCCACCAUCUGCCCUUGAGUUUCUUAUGAGAGCCGCACACCCUGCUCCUUCAGCUAGAGUCAAGGCAACUGAGAGGUUUGAAGCAGUGUAUCCCACCUUAAAAGAGAUUGCUCUUUCUGGUUCCCUGGGAAGCAAAGCAAUGAAACAAACUACGCAGCAAAUAUUUCAAUUUGCAGUCAAAGCUGCUGGAGAAGAAGCAGAUAUUCCUGAUCUAUCAACAGAAGCAAGCAGUAUAUUCUUAUGGUGUUUGACUCAAAACCCUGACUGUUACAAGCUAUGGGAUAACCUUUAUCUGGAUAAUCUUGAAGCCAGUCAUCUUGUUCUGAAAAAGCUGACUGAGGAAUGGAAGGAACACUCCGUUAAGCAUCCUACUCUGGAGCCUUUGAAGGUUACUCUAGCAAGUUUCAGACAGAAGAACGACAAAGCAUUGGUGGCAGCGAAGGAUGCUGCUCGUCAAGCAUGCAUAAGGGAUGCCGACAAGCAUUGCAAGGUGCUGCUGGGACGACUGUCAAGGAGCCAUGGAUGCAUGAAAAGCAUGGUGUUGAUGUCCAUUGCGUUGGUCGUUGGCGUUGCUGUCAUAUCCCAGAACAUGGAAUCUUGGGACGACCUGAAAAAACUUUUGGCAGAUUUUAACUUGUCUUGAUCUUGCAGAGUUUUAUAUGAGCAGGUGGUGGCAUAUCUAAGUUAUAUCCGGGACAGAUGAGAUGACCAAAUUGGUCCAAUAGCAAAACCGGGAAGGGAUUUGUAAUUUGAGUUGGUUUCAUCUUGAAUUUUCUUUCUGACAGGAUCCCAUUGGGUUUUAGUGAAAAAGAGCGGCGGCCCAAAUGUUUUUUCGGCCAUAAAUUUUAUAAACGUUGAUGCAUCCGUGGGUAUGGUCCUGCU